AUGACUGUUCUCAACAUACAAGUCUUACAGCCAAGCCAAGCAGUUGUGUGUGUCCAGUACAAGGCAGUUGGUGCAUCUGUUGUUGUUUUGUCUCAAUCAGAACGGAUUAAUUGCCAUAUUACAGAAGUUGCAUUUGUCUUCUAAUACAAACACAAGACAAUCAAAAUGACCAAGGAAGGUGAAGAAACUGUUGUUGAGCAAGUUGCUGCAGUCCCGGAGGGUGAAGACAUCAAGACAGCAGAUCCUGUUACUGAGGAAAAACCUACUGAUGACACCACCAUAGGGGAGACAACUGCUGAUGACACAGCCACAGGGGAGACAACUGCUGAUGACACAGCCACAGGGGAGACAACUGCUGAUGAUGCAGCCACAGGGGAGACAACUGCUGAGGCUCAGAAAGAUGAGACUGCAGCAGAAGAAAAGACAGCUGACUCAGGUGGAGCUGAUGAAGAGACACCAGCUGAAACUACAGAAACCAAAGCUGAGGAAACACCUGCACCAGCUGAGGAGAAUUCCAGCCCAGCAGACAGUACACCAGCUGCAGAAUCUUCAGAGACAAAAGAAGCACCUGACUGUACUGAUGGUGAGAAAACAGAAGAAACAGCAGCUGCAACAGAAGAAACACCAGCAACCACAGAAGAAAAAUCAGAGGAAGCACCAGCUGCAACAGAAGAAACACCAGCUGCAACAGAAGAAAAAUCAGAAGAAACACCAGCUUCUACAGAAGAAACACCAGCUGCAACAGAAGAAACACCAGCUGCAACAGAAGAAACACCAGCUGCAACAGAAGAAACACCAGCUGCAACAGAAGAAACACCAGAAGAAACACCAGCUGCAACAGAAGAAACACCAGCUACCACAGAAGAAAAAUCAGAGGAAGCACCAGCUGCAACGGAAGAAACACCUGCUGCAACUGAAGAAACACCAGCAGCAGAAGAACCAAAAGAGUCAUCAGGUGAGACAACUGAAAGUCAAGGAGACACUGCAGAAAAGACAGUUGAAGAGACACCAGCUGCAGCUGAAACUGAAAUAACAGAAACGCCAGCAGAAGAAGCUGCAGAAGCAGCUGUAACUGAAACAGCAGCAGAGGCUGCAGCUGCACCUCCAGCAGAAUCAGCAGGUGAGGCUGACAGUAAGGAAGAAACAGAACAGACUACAGAGUCAUCGCUGACAGACCCUGAUGCUGAGAAACAAGCAUUCCAGGAACUUGUGGACAAGAAUGCUGAACUAAAACAAGAUGCCAGCUCUGCGAAUGAGGCACAAGAGACUCUCACCAAGUCCAUGGAUGAGAAGGAGAUGGAGAUUGAGAAGCUUAAGGCACAACUGCAGAAGGAACAAGAGGAGAAGAAACAGCUGGAGUCUCAAGUGGAAACAUUGAAGGAAUAUGAAGAGUGGGGACAGAAUAACGGGGAUAAACUGAAGGAAACUCAGAAAAAACUUGUCACAUUUGCAAACGAUAAUGAAGAAAAAGAUAAGAAAAUUUCUUAUCUGGACAAGGAGCUUGCCCUGACCAACUCGAAACUGAAGGUGGCAGAGGAACAGAUCAAUGCUAAAGGCAACGAGGGAAAGCCUCCCCAGUCCAGGACCUGUUCCAUUAUGUAACUUCACGAGAUCAAAGUAUUCUGAUGCAAAAAAGGUUUCUGGACAUGUUCUGGAUACGAUCACUUCAAAAGGAACUAUGAUAUUUAUUUUGUAAUUUAUAUUCUGAAGAACAAUACUUUUCUUCCUUGUUCUUGAAGGAAGUUGAACUGACUAUUUCUGUUUUCCGUCAAGGUCAAGGAGAACAUUGCUGUGAUACCGUCCAUGGUCUGUGAUGUGUGAUGUUUGUGUUGCCUUGUACAUUCAUCAAGAUGUGACUGUAAAGUUCUUCACUUCAUCUCACCCUCUGUUUUACCAUUGUCAGGGAAAGAAGUAAAGUCAGUAUGGUUUCAUUUUUAUUGUUGCAGUAUUUUUCCUUGCUUUCUGUCAAGGUUGAAGUUUCCACUGUUGUGUGGUUUCAUUAUACGUUACACAGGCUAUGGAUACGAUUGUUGACUUGGCUACGUACUGAAUAGCAGAAUACUUCAAAGAUUGCUUACAAAUGAAUGAAAUAUUUACUGCACACAAUUCAGUUGAACAGUUGGCAUCAGUCAUUAUUUUCUGAACUGGUUAGGCUUCCAAGUGAUAGAAACUUGUUACACAUGCUCUGAUAAAAAUUUCCAUCUUGGUAGCAUGAAAUUGCUUUUGAAGUAAAUCUGUUAUUGAAAAAUAACUUAAGCAAAA